GUUGGAGCACGUACGACUUCCUCUUUGUCGGUUGGAAUUUCUUGCCAAUACGGUAAGUAAGAAUGCACUGGUAAUGGCGGACGCCACCUGCCACAAUCUUGUCGAUCAAGCAAAGUGGGUGGAUUAAACAGUAGGAGUGUGGAAAAGCUGAAUCCGGAAGGCACUAGUCGUGUAUGGCAGUGCGUAGCUCCCUUGAAACAGAAAAGGUGUGUUAAAGGCGUGGCUGUUGUCGAGCAGUUCAUUUACGCUGUGUGUUGCCGUAAUAGCCCCAAUGCUCUCAACAGAAUCCGGAGGUACUGCGUUUUCCUCAAAAAGCAGAUGAAAGUUGUUUUUUGUAAUGCUACUUCUGAGCCAGUCUGCACUCAUUUUGAGUUUGGUCGUUGUUUCAAUCAAAAUGACGUCAAUCAAUGGCUCUCUCCUAAUGGAAAACUCAGAAAUAAGCCCCAUUCGGUUCAAAAUGAAAUACUUCAGAAACCAGAAAUACCGUUGAACUUAGCUCGUCGAGCUCUAUAA